AUGGCUGAUUCACGGGAUUUUGCCAGCGAGGCAGUGGCUGAGAAGGACCCUUCUCUCGGCGAUCCGAAGGCUUCCCCGGUUCCAACGCCAGCCUCUAACCCCGCCAGUCUUCCCUCCCGCGAAAAUGGGGGACCUGGCUUAUCUGCCUCCUCCACGCACCUGGGCCAGAUCAACGCUGCCCGGCGGGGCGCUGGGAGUUCACCACACCCCGGGUCAAGGAGCGGGAAACCAGCUGGCGGUCUAAACCAGGAUAUUAUGGCGAAAAUGAAGGCAUUUUCUUUAUCUCGCCAGGGUGCUCCGACGCCGCAUUCUGCGGCGUCGACGGGACAUGUCCCCACGGCCCAAGGAGCGGGCGCAGGCGGCCCGCUCGCUGGUCGUAUGCCCCAAAACUCAGGCCGGCCUCACCCUCCCAACUGGGCUUCUUCACCCACUAUCCCCGCGUCUGGCGCCAGCCCGGCUUCUCCCCGACCGGGAGGGCUCGCAGCCAAGCGCAUGAAGCCGAACCUCAAACUCUCGGAUGUCACCUCCAGUCCUACGCCAGGUACCGAUCAAAAGCAGGGUGAACAGAAUGGAGAAUCUGCGUUCAGUAAGUAUUCCGAAUAUAUCGACACGCAAGCGGGCACCUUGAACUUCAACAACAAGGCCGUUCUGCACGGAGGCGGCGUCGAAUUUUCGUCAGGUCACAGUUUCAAGAUUUCCCUGGAUGAGGUCGAUCGACUGGAAGAAUUGGGCAAGGGCAAUUACGGAACGGUCUACAAGGUCCGACACAGUCGCCCGCAUCUCCGCAAGCCAGGCCAGGGGCUGGGUGGCAUUGUCAGCCGGUCUUCAGGCCAAGACGACAAAGGGAGCCCUGACUCAGGGUCGAGUCAACUCUCUGGAGUUGUUAUGGCCAUGAAAGAGAUUCGCUUGGAAUUGGAUGAAGCCAAGUUCGCACAAAUCAUCAUGGAGUUGGACAUCCUUCACCGCUGCGUCUCUCCGUUCAUCAUCGACUUUUACGGAGCUUUCUUCCAGGAAGGUGCGGUCUACAUGUGUGUUGAGUUCAUGGAUGGUGGCUCGAUCGACAAAUUAUACGAAGGCGGCCUUCCUGAAAGUGUCCUCCGCAAGGUCACCCUGUCCACUAUCAUGGGGUUGAGAUCGUUGAAGGAGGACCACAACAUCAUUCACCGUGAUGUGAAGCCUACCAACAUCCUUGUCAACACCAAGGGCCAGAUCAAGAUUUGCGACUUCGGUGUCAGCGGAAACCUGGUCUCCAGUAUCGCAAAGACCAACAUCGGUUGUCAAAGCUACAUGGCGCCUGAGCGAAUUGCGGGAGGUGGCAUGCAACAGUCGGGAGCGCCGAGUGCCGGUACAUACAGUGUGCAGAGCGAUAUCUGGAGUUUAGGAUUGUCCAUCAUCGAAUGCUCCAUGGGCCGAUACCCAUACCCACCUGAAACCUUCAACAACAUCUUCAGUCAGCUACACGCCAUCGUUCAUGGAGAUCCCCCCACCCUACCUGAGGGUUUCUCCGAGGAUGCACACGCAUUCGUCCGCGCAUGCCUUGACAAGAACCCCAAAAACCGACCGAACUAUACCAUGCUCCUUCGACACCCUUGGAUCGCACCCCUCAUGAAGCCACCGACCGAGUCAGGUAGUAACGGCGCCGAAGAACCCUCCCCCGAAACUCCCCCUUCAUCCUUCAUGACAGAGGACGAAGAAGUCGCCGAAUGGGUCAACAAGCAACUCAAGCUCAAAGCAGAGGGUCGCCUCCACAUUUCAGAGAAGCCAGCACUUCACGCCGUUGCACUGGAUAAAGUUGGCACAACUCCUUCCGAAGACGAUCCCCACGCUCCGUCACAGAAUGAUUGA